AACGACAAUGCUCCCUCAAAAUACAAAAACUUGUGAUUUAGAGGGAGGGUAUCGAUGUGGGAAACUUAAAUUAACGCUUGGGAAGAUUGCUCCCAAGGUUUCAAUGUAUAUGUCGCUUCUGUCUGUCGUCCAUUGGACGAGGCGCCUGUGCUCUUCCGCUUCAUUUGGACGCGACGCGCCUGCCGGCUGUGCAAGACCGAGGACGUGGGAGUGGACAGCGUGCAGUGUUCUAGCGUGUAUUAGUCAGUCCUUCAAAAACAAGUUUUUACUCUUCUUUACCUGCUUCACAAGUUGCACAGUUCGCCGAGAGCCAUUGAAAGAGUUAAGCAAAGCGCCCGGCGCUUCACAUUACUUGCAUAGUUACAAAGGUUGUGUAGUGCAAGAACAGCCGCGCGGGACAGCGUACACUCGGAUCCCCGGCGCAGGCUACGUUGUGACCCAACUGUCAGUGACACAAGGCGCGAUUUCGCUCUUGGCACCGACUAACAGCGAACACAGAGACCCGUCCGAGAGGAGGCGGGAAGGAAUCGCGGCGAUGGCCGCCUCGUGUCGCCCGCGGGGCCGCGCCCUCGCCCUCGCCCUGGCCCUGGCCCUCGUCCCGCUGCUGGCGCUCGCAGCGGCCCAAGACGCCGACCAGGAGACGUUCGACCCGGACGUCGACCUCAACACGACGGCAGACGGCUACCUGCUCACCUUGCACCGCAUCCCGGGGCCGCGCCUGGCCAACGCGUCGGCGCCCGACGGCGCAGCGCCCCCGGACGGCACCGGGGCCACGCCCACCGCCACCAGCGCCGCCGCCGCCACGGCGAGGCCCUCGGGGGCGGACGCGGCGCCGACGACCGACAGGCCCGUGGCGGCCGGCUCCUCCCCGCCUUGGACGACGGAGGCCUCGUCCCCCGAAGGCACCUGGACGACGCCGUCCGCUGCCACGGCCACCUCCGACCCGACGUCCACGCCGCUCCCGCCCGCCCCGACCGCCGCGACGCCGCCGAACCCUCCCGCCACCACCGCGCGUUUCGUUCCCGUCCAUUCUACCUCAACGUCCGCCCCUCAAACGACUUCGGCUAGGCCACCCCCUUCUACGACAACCGAGGCUCCCACGAGCUCUUCUACGGCUUUUGCAAGUGCUUCUCAGAGUCCUACAAGUAUUACCACUACUUCUUCCCCAACCAUACCUACUAACGCGACUUCUACUUCUACGCCUCCUCCUAUUACCACUAUUACUUCCCCAACUACUACCGCAUUUACUAAUUCUACAAUUACCACUGCUAUUCCUUCUACUGCUCCUAUUAUUGCUUCUAACAUUACUACUACUACUGCUCCUCCUCCUCCUACUGCUACUACUGCUCCUAUUCCUUCUACUACGACUAGUGCUCAUACUACUACUGCUCCUACUACUAAUGCUACUACUCCUACUACUACUACUACUGUUCCUCCUCCUCCUCCUACAACUACUACUGCGCCACCGCCUGUGUCACGGCCUGUGAUAUUUCUGCAGCAUGGGCUUCUUGGAAGUUCUUACGACUGGAUUGUGGCAGGUCCCGAUAAAGGUUUAGCGUAUCUGUUGGCCGACGCAGGGUACGACGUCUGGAUGGGAAACGCACGAGGAAACACGUAUUCCAGAGCACACGUGUACCUGCCCACAGAGCCCUCCUCCCCGUUCUGGGAUUUCAGUUUCCACGAAAUGGGCAUCUACGACCUGCCGGCGGUGAUCGACUACGUGCUGAACACGACGGGCGCCUCGCAGCUGCACUACGUGGGCCACUCGAUGGGCACCACCAUGUUCUUCGUGAUGGCGUCCGCCAAGCCCGAGGCGGCCGCCGGCGUCGCCUCCAUGCACGCGCUCGCGCCGGUCGUCUACUUCCUCGCUGGAUUACUUGGAGAUGGAGAAUUUCUUCCUCAGAAUAAGAUUCUUCACUACUUGGCCAAAUAUGGUUGCGAAUUAUUGGAAACAGAAAGAGACGUGUGCGAAAAUUUAAUUUUCAUUCUUUGUGGAUAUGACAAGCCGCAGUUUAACACGAGUAUUCUGCCAGUGCUCCUCAGCCACACACCGGCUGGCGCAUCCACCCGCACUCUCAUUCACUACGCACAGAUGAUCAAAUCAGGGAAAUUCCAGCAGUAUGACCUCGGCAAGUAUGGAAAUCUCAAGAAGUACAGAUCUCUUGAACCACCAACGUAUGAUCUGUCGAAAGUAAAUGUUUCUGUCCAUCUCGUCUACGCAAAUAACGAUUGGCUCGCAGCACCUGUGGAUGUGAACACACUGUAUCAAGAGCUUCACUGCACUAAGACGAAAUAUGUGGUUCCACUGUCCAGUUUCAACCACCUAGAUUUCAUUCUGGCCAAGGAUGUGAAGACUCUCCUCUACGACAAGCUUCUGAAAGAAAUCCCUCGAGAUAUUGACUAUCAAAACUAUGAGGAUAAUUUCUUAUACGACUAAAAUAUUCGAGUAUUCUGUGAAUAUUAGUCAUUCACUUUUUAGUAGAAUAUAAGACUGUGGUAAUUACUUACCUUCCUUUUGAGAUAUCUACUUACCGUCCCUAGACGUUAUUUUUGUGGAUUUCUAUUUAAAUUUUACUUUUCUCUACCAGUAUCCCUUUCAGAUAAGUUUUAGGGCUCAGACGAAAGGUAGAAAUCAACUUAAGGCAAAGGUUACUUACAGCAGAUAAGUGUGAUAUGAAAAUCAUUUCAAUAUCGAUAGAAACAAAUUGUAUUCGAUGGGCAUGUAGUGGUUGUCUGUAGCUACUACGAAACUAUUGGCCUAGACAUUUGUGAUCAGGAGAAUAGUAUAUGGAUGGCAAAACGUUGAUUCAAAUUAAAAAAAUAUAUGGAAUUAAUGGACAUACGAGUAGUUGACGUAGUUUGAAUUCCGAAGUUUAGAGACUGAGUUGAUGUUUUGAGGUAGAUGAGAAUGAAUGGAAUUUUGGAUUUGGCUGUGACAAGAUUGUGAGCGUUUAAGAUUAAAUAAAGUUCCUUAAAUAUUCGCGAGCAAUCGAAAUUAUUUUCCUUUCCCCCAAGGAGCGGCGUCCAACAUUUUGA